AAUUAUCAACGCUCAUCCGCUGGACCUGAUGCGAGGAACGAACAGCAGGUUAUUUCAUGGAUAAGAAACGAAUAUGAUAUUUGGACUCCAGAAAAGUGUUUGUUAGAAGUGCGCUAUGGGACACCAGGGAUGUUUUUGCACGAAUAAUCCGCUUUGGAGAGAAUGUGACUUCUUUAUCAGGAAGAAAAAGCUUAAAGCAGUUUAACAAAGAAUCGAUUGGGCACCCAAAAGAAGAGGAUGUCUGGGACAGAUAAAACCUUAAACUCAGAAAAGAGCUUCAGAGUGGUCAUCCGUCUGUGUGCCUUAAACAGACCAGAACAUUCUAUCCCGUUAGAUGAAUCCAGAACCUCCAUCAAAGUGACAGAUCUCAACAAAGUAGCUGUUGACACUGGAAAAAACCACAAGCCUCUUGUUAUGGGUUUUGAUGCAGUUUUAAAUGAGGAGUCAUCCCAACGAGAUGUUUACGAGUCAACAACAAAGUCUCUGGUUGAGUAUCUAAUGCAGGGUUAUAACGGCUGUGUAAUUGUUUAUGGGUCUCCGGGCAGCGGCAAGACUCACACUAUGCAGGGCAACAGCAUCUCAUCCAAACACAGAGGCAUCAUCAGUCGUGCUGCUGAAGACAUCUUCACCUCACCUAAAGCAUCUCAUUGCAAAAUCCGAGUGUCAUUCUAUCACAUCUUUAAUGAAAAGAUUUUCGACCUUUUGGAUCCAAAGGGAAGUGAAGUUGUCUGGAUGCGUGACUGUGAGGAGUCGGUACGUCUGGACGGGCUGACAGAGAUGGAAGUUAACUCUGCCCAGGAUCUGAUGCAGGUGCAUUGCCGUGGCUCCGCCCUCAGGCAUUCAGGGAUCUCAAAGGGCGAUUUUCCAAGCAAGUCCCACACUGUAUUUAGCAUUGUGGUCAUUAACACAAUGGUCCAGUCUCCUGGGGGAGUUUUAACAGCUAGCAAACUCACUCUGGUGGAUCUUGCAAGCUCAGGAAAAUGUCGGAGUUCUGCGGCUCCUGGUGUGAAGAAAAUGAUCAGCAUCACAAAUGACAACCCACAAGAAGCUAAGAUGCUGAAACGCUCUCUCACCAUAUUCGGAAAUGUAAUUUUUGCUCUCAGCUCUGUGGGAUCUCAGCAUGUACCAUACAGAGAAUCUAAACUAACUCGAGCCCUAAGAGAUUGUUUGGGAGGAAACUGCCGGACGUGUUUAGUGGUGACCGUAUCUUCUCAGUUGUCUUUGAUGUCUGAAGCUCUCAGCUCUCUGCAGUUUGCCUCCCAAGCCAUGGCUGUGCCUUCACGACCCAUAUACACAUCUCAGUUACGUUACACACCUGAACAGAUAUGUUCCGCUUAUCUAAAUGGAAAGAAAGAAGGUAAUCAUAUGAGCAGACAGCAGAUUUUACCUCCGGUCGGAUCUGAACGAAAGUCACAGACUUGCUUGCUCCCCAUCCUCCUGAGUUCAUAUAGUCCAUCUGAACCCAAGCCCAGCUCAAGCCAGUUUGGAGCCGGGCUGGAGCUCAGAACUUUUCUCCCACAGUUAGAGAAACCGUGCCAAACUGAACCAGGUGGACGUUACAGCUGUGGACCUCGACCUGUUGAUGAAAGGAACAAAGCUGAUGCUAGGCUGCCCCGCUCCCUGUCCCGAUGCCUGUCUGGGGCAGUACUCCAUGACACUGGAGGGAGAGAGAAGCAUGGAAAAGGAAAGGAGUUUUCAACUGGAUCCCGCCGUUCUGUGGAGAGGCUCUCCACAACAUAUCUUGAACCUCCCGCAGCAUAUUCAACAUCUGUGGAGUGUCCCAACUGCAGCCGGGAGAGAAAGAUCAGAGAGGAAUAUGAUAAAAUUAUCGUUCAGGCUAAAAGAGACAAAGAUGCUCUAAGUCAAAAAGUGUCUGAACUAGAGAACGAGCUAAACAGGAGAGGAAAAGAGGAACGAGAUAUUGAAGCAGUCUGGAGAAAGAAAAUAAAUGGAGACACAGCAAAAGCAGGACCUACCAGCAGGAUGUGUGCAGCUCCAGAAACUUCACAGACUGCAGAGGUAUGUGUGCAAACAGAAGCAGAAGGCUUGAGAGCAGAUCUGGUUUUGUGUUGUGAAAGAGAGAAGGUGCUGACACAAACGCUAUAUUCUGAGAGACAAAGACUGACACAGGAUCAGGAUGCCCAGGAACUGCACGCCCAACUCAGCAAGGCAUGGGAGCAAAACAACCAGCUUGUCUCAGCACUCCACAUCCAGCAGGAAAAACUGCAAAGCAGUAGAGAAGAGCUUGAAAAUUGUCAAGAAAAGAUGUCUCUUACCCUUAACCAGCUUGAGACAGAAAAGGUUGAAUUAAUGUCACAGUUAGAAGACACUAAAACUUCGUAUGAAAAGGUGUGUCUGGAGAAUUCUAGCCUGAGACAAAAACUGAAGUCAUUUCUGCUGGAGAUUAACUCAACACCCUUCAGUGGGUCCAGCACUGCAGACACAAACACUUCACACGUGCAUACAGUCACAACGAACACUGAGAUGAUUGUUGUAUCGCAUCUUGUUUCUCAGCAGUGUCCCACAGGUCCCACACAAGGCAGUGAAUGUUGCUUCAACCAGUUUCAACAUCCAGAUGUGAAGUUUAUCGAAAAAUCUGAAACGACAAAUGGUAGCGACUGUGAACAGACUCUGUAUAAACCCCAAAAUGUCUACAAGCAGUUGAGAAGAGAGCACAGUCUGCUGCUGGACGUGAUGUUGGUUCUGUACAGAAGAGAGUGGUUCCUACAGGAUGCCAUACCAUACGUCAGACGUACACUAAGGAAGUGUGGCCUGAAGCCUGAAGAUAUAGACUGAGUCUGCUUGUGUAUGAGUGAAAUAUGGGGAUGUAAGUGGUAAAAAUAUAUAAUUGCAUUAUAUUAUACAGUUGUAAACCAAGGGGGGAUUUUUUAAGAAAUAGCACAUUUGUUAUGCAGCACAUGUUUAUAGUAAAAGAUGUCUGAUGGUUUAUGCGUCUUUGGUUACUCUGGUAUGACAUCUGGUGUGAACAGUGAAAUUGUCCAUGACACCUUAUGUUCAACAUCAUUUAUUUGCACUUGGUUUAAUAUUUUACAUCUCUAAUGCAUUUAGACAUUAAGUGUAACUGAAGUCUCCAAUGUUAUUUUAAAUUCAGCAAUUUUGUUACAAAACAGUUAAAAGACAUAGAGACUAUGAAAUAAGGGGUAUAUUUUCAAUUUAUUGUAUUUUAUGAUUUUCCCCCAACAGUAAUACAAUGAAAUACUCAAAACCCUUAUAUCUGUUUCUAUUUA